CGAAAACGUUGCUUGUCAAUUGGUAUUCAACGUUGACAACACAAAGCAUACAUUCACAUGCGACGCUUGUUCAACACUCAUUGCUGUUGCUGCUGAAUGUUGUGUGUUGUCAGUGUGUGCGAGCGCUGUCGAACACUUUUCAUAGUACGCGAUUUGACAAUACAUGGCGCGUAUGAAUAUUACAUAGCUAAAGUGAAACUAGAGAAAUAACAUCAUUUUACGUUCUUCGUUUCUCGGUUUUUUACUUCAUUUUUUUUUUCUUUCCAUUCGAAUAGUAAGUUUAAUCCGAAAGAAAUUUGUGCAUACCAUUUGUUUGAAUAGCACAGAAUCGAUUCGGCAAUUGUGAAGCAUCGAAUUGUGCCGUUGCAAAUAUGGCAUCGAGUAGUAAGUUGGAUGCGUUAAAAUCAUGGGAAAAAUCGGGCAAAUCAGAAAUUGCAAAAUAUUUGAAGAGCCUUGCAAAGAACAAUGAGAAUCCAUAUUUUUUGGGCACCGACGGCAAAAACCCAAUAUUCCGAUAUAUUUACGAUUUACUGAAUGAUGGCAUCAGAGGUACCACUAAAAAAGAUGUCGUGUCUACCAUACUCGCUGACAUUGCGGAAAUGCACACUGAUUUGCCGUCCGUGAUUAUCGACAUUAUCGGCAUUUUCGAUGCCGAAACCGCAAAACUAAGUAAUGAUAAUUCUGCACCAUCAGACGAACGCGUCGCAUUUCAAGAUAUUGUAAAGAAAGUGGAAGAAUUUUUGUCGGAUAAAUUGCUGAAAGAACGUCUUGAGAUCGAUACACUGCAAGACGCCGGGAUUAUCAAAAAACAAAGCAGCGUCGUCAACAACUUUUAUCAGCGGUUCAUCAAAGUGAAAACAAAACUCUAUUUCAAGCAGAGGCGAUUUAAUUUGUUCCGUGAAGAGAGCGAAGGCUAUGCAAAGUUGAUCACCGAAUUGAACAACGAGUCCAUUGAACACACUUCCGUUAACAAAAUGCUGGAAAUCAUCAAAUCAUUGAUUGGUUGCUUUAAUCUCGAUCCAAACCGUGUGCUGGACAUCACCUUAGAAUCAUUCGAAACCCGACCGGAACAACACCGCCUAUUCAUCGAAUUGCUGAGGUCAUACAUGCCCAAUGCUAAUGUUAUCUGCGAGAUUUUAGGAUACAAAUACCGUUAUUUCCACGACACAGAAACACCACGAUCUCUCUACAUCAUAACCGCAUUGUUACUGCAAUGCGGUUUGAUUCGAUUGGAUGACAUUUAUGUUUGGCUGAGCCCAACGGAUCGUAGUUUGCAAUCAGAGUGGGAUCAAGAGAUCGAUGACGCUAAGGAAUAUGUCCGGAAGUUGAAUGUGAUUUCAACGAAUAAAGACAAGGAAAUGGAAGUCGACGAUGAAAAAGAUGAUUUUGAGGAGAAUUAUGAGUUCAACCAAAAGUGGAAUUUAUGUGAGGCGUUGCUCACGGUUGGUGACUGGAAAACGGCACAAAUCUUUAUCGACAAGUUGCCCGAGCAAUCGGUGAUUGUGAAAGAACCGGUUGCAAAAGCAUUAGCUAGUCUUGUCCAUCACGUUAUCGAUCCGGUUUAUGGGCAGUUGAAGAAUCGAAAGCAAGGCGCACCGUUGCCAUAUCAAAAUGCUUUAUCCGUACCGAAAGCCACUUCAAUACUCGAAUUGCAUGACAAUGCGUUUGCAAUGGCUAUAAAAUUGGGACCAGCCAUGCAUCAUGAUCCAAUUCUAUUGUAUAAAUUGAUACGUAUUAUGAAUUCCAUUUUAACGGACAUGAAAGUCGAUGCAAAUACCAGCCCAAAGACUGAACGAGAUGAACUACUCUACUACGAUUGCAUUUCAUUGAUUGAUGCAUCCAUUUUACCGUCACUGUCGUACAUGGACUGCAAUUGCUGUAUCGCCGAAGAGAUUUGGUCCAUUAUCAAAAUAUUUCCAUACCAUCAUCGCUACAGUUUGUAUGCACGGUGGAAGAACGACACGUAUUUGAUCCAUCCGAAAUUGAUACGACGUCGUGGUUUGGCUCAAAAACAAAUCAAAGCACUGAUGAAACGGGUUAGCAAAGAAAAUGUGAAACCGGUCGGCCGAUCCAUUGGCAAAUUGAGCCAUUGUUCACCCGGGUUUUUGUUUGAUUAUAUCUUGAAACAAAUCCAAAUCUACGACAAUCUUAUCGGUCCUGUGGUAGACUCACUCAAGUAUUUAACAUCGUUAUCUUAUGAUGUGCUCGGUUACUGUUUAAUCGAGGCACUGGCGCUAGCUGAUCGAAAUCGGUUCAAGCUCGACGGUACAUCACUUUCGAUGUGGUUGCAAGGGUCGGCCAAUUUCUGCGGUUCCAUUUACAAGAAGUACAAUAUUGAGUUGAGCGGCCUAUUGCAGUAUGUGGCCAAUCAACUGAAAGCACAUAAAAGUUUGGAUUUGCUGAUACUGAAAGAGGUAUGUCAGAAGAUGACCGGUGUCGAUGCGUCUGAAGAAAUGACCACCGAGCAGCUCGAAGCGAUGGCUGGCGGUGAGCUACUCCGCAACGAAGCUGGCUACUUUGGUCAAGUGCGCAAUACGAAGAAAUCAUCACAGCGUCUAAAAGAUGCGCUCGCCAACAACGAUCUAGCCGUUACAUUAUGUUUGCUGAUGGCACAACAAAAACAUUGCGUGGUCUACCGCGAGACAGCCGAUAACCACUUGAAAUUGGUUGGAAAGUUAUACGAUCAGUGUCAGGAUACAUUGGUGCAGUUUGGAACAUUUUUGGGGUCCUCAUAUUCGGUUGAUGAAUAUAUGGAGCGUUUUCCAUCGAUACAUGACAUGCUCCAAGUGUAUCAUAUUCACACUGAAGUCGCUUUCUUUUUGGCUCGACCAAUUUUCGCACAUCAAAUUUCGCAAAAAUAUGACCAACUCCGAAAGGCAGAUACCAGCAUCAAGAAAAUGUCAACGGCACAAAAACAGGAAAAGUAUUUAGAAGCGACAUUGGCGGUGAUUCAACCAGUUGUCGAAUCGGUUCGUUUGAUCCAUCCAAUGAAAGUGUGGGAAGACGUUAGUCCACAAUUUCUGGUCACAUUCUGGUCACUGGCCAUGUACGAUCUGGAAGUGCCGAACAAGAGCUACGAACGAGAAGUCCAGAAAUUGAAAAAGCAAUCACAAUCAGUGGAGCUGGGCUCGUCAAAGAGUCGAAAGGAGCAAGAGCGAUAUAUUGCGUUAAUGGAUAAAUUGCAAGAUGAACGAAAGAAGCAGCAAGAGCACGUUGAUAAAAUUAAGCACCGUUUGAACACCGAAAAGGAUCAAUGGUUCCUCUCGCGUUCGGCAAAGUCCGCAAAAAAUGAAACCAUCACUCAAUUCCUGCAACUUUGUUUGUUCCCAAGAUGUACGUUCACCGCACCGGAUGCAAUGUAUUGCGCCAAGUUUGUUCAUUUGAUUCACACACUCAAAACACCAAACUUCUCAACGCUGCUUUGCUAUGAUAGGAUAUUCUGUGAGAUAGCCUAUUCGGUGACAUCAUGUACUGAAAACGAGGCAACCCGUUACGGUCGCUUCUUAUGCGCAAUGCUCGAAACGGUAAUGCGAUGGCAUUCAAGCCAGUCAACAUUCGAGAAGGAAUGUGCCAGCUAUCCUGGAUUCGUGACCAAAUUCCGUGUUGCCAAUCAGGAAAAGUCUUCUACUUUGCAGUGUUCGGCUGAUGAUAAUGUUGGUUACGAAAAUUUCCGUCAUGUGUGUGUCAAGUGGCAUUACAAAAUCACACGAUCGAUUGUGAUGUUGCUUCAGUCGAAAGACUACAUGCAAAUUCGAAAUGCACUCAUCAUUCUCAUGCGAAUACUGCCCAGUUUUCCCGUUCUAUCGAAGCUAUCACAAAUUCUCGAACGGUAUGUGAAUAGAGUGAUCGAAGAGGAAAAGAAUCAGCGUCAAGAUCUGUUCGUUUUGGCGACAAGUUACAUCGGCCAAUUGAAGAGCAAGGCGGUUGACAUGAUGAAAGAGGCUGAUUUCCAUCAGAUGUCCGAUAAACCGGUGAAAAAUGCACAGGAAACUUCAAAAGUGGUGAAUGGAAAUGAUACCACCGCUAUAAAGCAAGAAAACAAUCACGUCACCCGAACAGAGCCAAAAGAAUCGACUGAACGACCAGAGAAACGAUCAGUCGCCACAACAUCGACAUCAUCGUCAACAACGAAUUCGGUUCCGGUCAAACAAAGCAACAGUUCAACGAGCAAUAAUUCGGAAAAAGAAGUGCGCAAAGAGAACAAGGAUCGCGAAGAAAGAGAAACACGCGGCCGCGAACGGGAACAUCGUGAACGUGAAUCCAGCGAAAAGGUUAUUACAAUCAAAGAGAAAAGCUCAUCGAAGGACUCGAAACGUGAUAAAGAUGAUGGUGAAGGUAGAAAACGUGAACGAGGCGAAAAACGAAGUGAUAGAGACCGCGGAGAUAGAGAUCGCAAAUACUAUUCGCCAGUUUCACCUCCUCACUAUCCAAAUGAUCGUUCGAAUGCGGAUGGCAAAGCCUCCCCAUAUUACCAACCAACAUCACCAAUGUACGCUCCGGAGCCAAAUGACCGAUUCCAUCCAGACGCAUACGAUGAACGAGAUCGGGACAGAGACUUGAGCUCAAUAUCCAAUUCGAGCAAAGGCUCAAACAAUCGACGCAGUCAAGAUUCACCCGACGAUCGUGAUAUUAAACGUCGUCGAGUUGAUGGUUCAAAGAAAAAUAAUGACGACGUGAUAAUCAAUGUGGACGAAAGCAACAGGCGCGAACGCAGCUCAAAUAAAUCGUCGAAGGAAAAACGGGAAAGAGUUUCGUACGAUGACAACGAAGUGCGCAAAGAGAAACGAACCAGAACGAAACGAAACAUUUGAGCCACAUAAAAAUACCAUGAAAUUGUUUUUUUCUUGCAUUUGUAACUAUGAUUUUCAUAACGGAAAGAAAACGAAACAAAAAAAAGUCUCAUUUCGAAAAAAAUCUUUUGAUAAAAUGUGAAAAGAGAACAGCUAAAACCGUGGAAGUAGAUUUAAAAAAAAUGAAUAAAACCAGAGAAAAUGAAAGUUAUUAAUAAAUGAAUUGUAAUUUCAA